GUCUGUCUGCGGUGCCGCACACACAUGAUGAGGUUGACGGCACCGGUACAUAGCAGGGUGUACAACUAUAAGUCAGGAACGGCAGGGUCCAGCUCCACAGUGCGUUCUACGUCCAGAGCGAGCGCUUUCUCAGGGCGACCUGGCCGAAGACCACGACAUGUCCCCCGAAGCCCGCAAGAACGGCGUCAGUCGAACCAGCUCGUUCCUCGCCGCUAGGAGCUUCUUCGAGGAGGGCCAGGGGCAACCGCAGGCCUCCAGCGGGGUGGGGGCCGGGUCUAAUCUCCCCGCCGGGAAAAGUGCUGGCCGUGAGCAUGAUAAGCGGCCCCUCGCCGGACAGGAGCUCCCGCCGGCCGAGGGCAACGAUGCCGUGCCCAUGAGCGAACUUCUAGCCAUGGCAGAAAUGGUAGCCAAGACCGAGUCUGCCGUUCAGCCUGUGGCGCCGCUUACGGGCGCCGUCGCCGCCGCUGCCGCCGCCGCUGCCGCCGCCGCUGCCGCCGUCCCCGCCAUGGGUGCCAACGUGGCUCCUGUGGCCGCGCCCGCCCCGGCUCCUCCUGCCGCCGCCGCCGCCGCCGUCGCCCGUUCUGCCGACGUAGUGCUCCCGCCUCUCGGCCCCGGGCAGGCCGCCGUGCGUGCGCUGCCGAAGCGUUCCGCGGCGAGGUCUCAGGCGCCGGUGCCUGACAUCGCCGACCUCCUUGACAACGCGGAGAUGGGCGGCAUGGCCCUCGACGACCUUGAGGCCAGCCUGACCUCUCUGAUCAUGAACUCGCCCCCGAGCAUGCUCCGCCCCGGUACGACUGUGUCUCGCGGGCUUGGCCUCCUACGGGGGAACAGGGAGGGGGCGGGGGCGGGGGUUGGGGCAACCCUCCCGUCCCUCGGCCUCGCGGAUCGCCUCGCUCAAGCCGAAGAAACCAUUGGCGGCGACCACACGAAGGGGCUUCUCUUCCGACAGGGACCCGACGGUGUCGCGGUUGGGAUCGAUGGGGGAGAGGUACCCCGUCCGUCCGCGGCAGUAACGUCCUUGCCUGCAAGUACCACAAUGCCGACCAACUCAUUGAGCGGCGGCGGCGAACUUGACGACGAAAAGGCGGAAUCCGUGUCGGAUCUCGUCAUGCGCGCUGGUACCCAGAGUGUGAAGAAAAUGUCUUCGGAGGAGAGCCCUAAGAAGCCCAUCGCCGCCGGGACCGCGGCAAGCACCGAUGACGAGGCCAAGGCUAGACGCGGGGCAAGCGACGCCGCGCAAUCGGAGGAGUCCAUGACGUUCGACCGAUUGGACUGGGAUGUCGGUGGCGGAAUUUUUGCAGGAGGCAGAGGGCGCAUUUUAUCCUCUCCCUUCAGAGCGGAGAACAGCGGAGUGCGUUCAAGCAUUGAUCAAAGCAAGCACUCAUGCUUAUCCCUCUGCGGAAGGCUUCCUGAGACUGCAAGUGAAGUGACAUUUGACAGCCGCCAUCUUCUGACCCCAGGAGCCCUCGCCAAAAUUGGCCCUGUGUCUCCCCCCUUUGGAUCCGGCGAAAGUCCCAGCGCAGCAGUGCCGGAUGAAAACGGUCAGCACGCCACCUUUGAGAAAUCGGCGGACUCUUCUGGCAGUGCACCGGAGUUCCUACGGUCAGGAACAGUCCCCCCUCCGGUCACAAUGAGUCCCCUGGUCCCAGCGCGAUCGUGGCGGCGUCCUCAAGUCAAGGAAGCUGCGAGGCGCGCACCCACCAGGCCCCUCAAGGAGGAGAAUAAAACUCAAGCCGAAACGGGGGGUCUCCCUCGCCCCAGGAUGGUUCCCGACCGCAAGAACCUGUUCAACUGCAGGAACUGCGGAGCCGAUACCCGCAUUCCACCGCCGGAUUUGGCAAACGGGAGCCGCGCACAGUGCUGGUUGUGCGGUAAGGAAGUAGCUUGUAGCCGCCAGACCCGACGGUGUCAGUCGGCGGCUUCCUCGUGUGUUUCGACCAGCAGGUACUUCUCAGUCAAACUAGUCUCCUCAUGCUCGGUAUCGGGGGUUGUGGUGUCGACACCCAAAACUAUUCAUGCGAGCAUAAAUAUGGAGUGGGAAGAGCUGGUACGCGAGUGUUCGAAGCUGGUGGGAGCCAGGUGUCGAAAUCAAUCGGCCGAGCUGACUUCUUUCUUGGGAGUUUACUUCCUUUCCCAAGCCUCUCAGUCAUCCGUUUACUGGGACGAGGCGAAAAUGUUGGGAAACCCAGAAAGAAGGACGUUUAUUGCACUCAAGGAAUGGGGCGGGGUAUCAAGCGUAGAGGAGUUUCUCGUGAAGAACACUGUCUCAACAUUCUUUGAAACAGCCCUGUACAGUCCCAGGGACGUGCGAGAAGCUGAGCUUGUUGCUGCUUCUUGGGGUUACAGCCGGGUUGCUAGGGUAACACACUCGGAGCUGGUAGGUAUGAGUGCAGAACUGGUUUCUUCGGCGAUCGGCGAGGACGCAUCUUUGUCGUCCAGGCCGUGCCUAGUAGCUCUGGGAAACUUAUCGCGUCUGCUUAACACAGGCAGUGUCGCUUUGGUCUCGAGAUCUGCUGGCGACUGGGGAGAUCUCACAUGCCACGGUAACGGUCCAAAGGGUCACGAACUUCUUUCUGCCUUGUUGUUCAUGGUAGAGAAAGAGAUGGUUGGGUCUGCUCUGGUUCUUGUAGUCACUGCGAUACCGAAUGGCGGAAGGCAGGAGGCUGGCGCUAUGCUGACGGCAGGUGUCUUCGACAAGCAAACCGUCACGGCAGGCGACAUCCAGCGAGUGGUGAAGGAUCUUACGCUGGUCGAGCAUUGGGGACCAAUCGUGGAGGGAUCGCCGUCCUUAGCGACAAUCGCGAAUCUUGCGAAGGGUAGCGACACGAAGUGGAGGCCGGCUCGCCCUGGCUACCACGAGGCUGUCGCCAGCUGGAUCGUUGAGUCAAGCAUGUUGCGGAUGUUCGUAGGCUUCUUCUGCUUGUCGGGAACAGCUCUGUAUGCGUAUACGUACGACAAAGGGACGUCUCACACACUAGCGGCCCUCCUCCUCUUGGACUUGCUAAAAAGAGACCUCGGGGUCCCGCUAUGGGUGUACGCAACCGGCGAUGAUGUUCGACUUUCGAGGGCACUGGCGGCCGCUCCUGGCUGCCACUGGCUUAUGGUGGUCAGCAUGGGAUCUGUAGAAGUAGUGUAUUCAGCAGCCUUCGAAUACGCGGGACUUUUCGCAAUAGCCGUGUCGUCAUUCUGGAGUUCCCUCCUCCUGCUGAACUUGAUCAAAGUUGUCGCCCUGGAUAGAGCUUGCAGGCGUUCAGGUGUGUCCCGCCGGAAUAUUCGGCAGAGAGAUCACGGACUAUGGAAAGCAGUCUUCGGAAAAGGAAUUUACACGGCGAAAUCUCUCUUCGUCGACGCAUGUUGCGGAGAUGGCAGGCUGCUCUCGGUGUCUUGGUUGAAGUUCGCUGAAGGGGGCCUCUGGUUGACAAGAAACACCGUCAUUGGGCACACGGAGAAGUGGCCGCCGCCGGUUGCCGUUCGUAAGGCGCAGGUAGUCGGAACAAUCAGCGACUAACGCUUCGUGGAGCACUUGCGUUCGUUGAGUUUUACCUGAUGCGGUUCUGGAAGAUUUGAUGAUGCGGCGGCAGGAGCAGCAGCUCCACGUAGGGAGGGGAGGACCACGUGGAAGGACAGUUGUACAGGGUAAUGUUUGAAAUAAGGAACAUAAGCGGGGGCAAUUAAAGGGGCUGGAAGCGUUGAUAACUUGUCGAAAUUGGCUUGGAGCCACAGAGUCCUGGAUCCGCUACUACUGCCGAGGAUCUGUUAGGUCUUGUGGUCCUCGGAAAUGACACCAUGUUACGGGUCUUCUUGUGUGUCUGCUUUGGGAUCUUCAUACCGUUGUGGACAGGUUCACACUCGUGCGAUGAUAUGACCAUGAGGAGAAAGGAAUGGAGCGAGAACAGAGAGAAGAGCACACUCAUGCGACUCCUACAAAGCAGACCAAACUGACCGUACCGGGUUCGAUGCUGGUGUUCUCCCGACGUAUUUGACAUGGCCUAGACUAACUAGUAGGCGGCUUGGUCAGGAAUUGCUCUUGAUUUACUGGUCUCAGAUCACUUAGGUCAUCAACCUCAGGCAGUGCCAGCAUCGCAUAGUCUAAUAAUAACCACAGUAGUCGUUGAAGGGGAUGUGCUCAAUGAACUCGUUCUUAUUCCUUCGUUGAUGGUGGCCUUGCGACUCACUCAUGAUCGAGUGAGAGGAAGGUAGGUGUGGGUGGAAUAAGUGUGGCACCAUUCCCGGGUAUGUAGGAGCUCCGCAUCCAUCCUCGAUACUCUGGUUGUGGGAUUCGACAAUGGUCAAGUUCCGAGUACACUGGGGAUCCCCGAAUAAGGCGGUGGUGGUGGUGGGCAGACGCCUCACUCAAAUGUAUAGAGCAACAAUUUGAUUUCUCCGUUUAUGCCAGCCAAUCUCGCCCGCCUUGUAAAAAGGGUGAGGACCGCCUUACUUGU